CCGUUGAAGAUGAACCGCGAAUGAGUCAGCUGUAUGUUUUCACUGCUGAGUGUAAUAGAGUCACAACAGUAUGAAGGGCAGUAGAUCCGUUAAGCUGGUGGGUUACAUUUUACCAACAAAGACAGAUAACGCUGAUGAAGUGUCCGAGAAUGAAGAAGAGGAGGAAGAGCCAGUGCCAGAGUUCCUGGACAUGAAGGAAAUGGAUUCUGUGUCCUCUGGAGGAGUCAUAUUCCAGCAGGCUGUCCCUCCCGCGGGUGAAGUGGAUUUCAUGUUCCGUGGGAAAAAAGUAUGUGUGAAAGGCCGAUUCCCUCUCAGGAACCCAUGGUGGGAGAUCUCCUGCAAUGCCCAGCAAUACAGUCGUAAGCUGGUGGUCAACGGCUACCCAUCCUACACACUCCGGACAAACCUGAAAAACGACUCGCACACUUUAGUGUCUCUCUUCCUCAAGGAGUGUGAUGUGGCGCCUGAUUUUGUCACUCGUUUCAUGGAAUGGCUUCCAAAAGACAGAUAUGUGGAGCUCAUGAAUGUUGAGGAAGCUCUGUGUGAUUUUGGAAAGAGCAUCAACAGCAAGGAGAAUGAAACAGAUUAUGUAAAAUCUCAGAUUUCUUUAUCAGAUGCAGGUUUUCAUGUAAGAGCUGCUGCUGUUUAUCCUUGUAUCAUGAAAUACCUAACAACGUUGCUGCCUGCGCAGUUUAUCAGUCUGCUGGAAAAAGGGAAAGAGGAAGAUAAGAAACAGCAUUCUGAAAAUAAUGAAGAUAACAUGGAGACUUCUCCACAGAAAUGUAAAAAGGUUUCCUUAUUAGCCAGACUGGAAGACCUCAUCAAGAAUGAUGUGUGGAAGUUUGGCUUUGGCUAUAUCAUGUAUAACGAGUUUCAUUUAGUCAGAUGUGAGACCAAACUGAGGGACUUUAAGUCAUGUGACUUAUUCAGCAAAAUGUCUUCUGAGCAGCAAAAUGCCCUUGAGGUGUACAACGAAAUUAAAAUCUACUGUAGUCGUUCUGGGCACACCUACAUCCCCAUGAAGGUUCUGGAAGAGAGGAUGAAGAUACCAGAAGUGAGCAUUUGGGAAGCUGUGGUCUUCCUACGAAAGCAUGGAGUACUGGUUAGAGAAAAGGAUAAGAUUGCUCUGAGGAGCCUCUAUGAGUAUGAGAGGGACAUUGUUGAAUGUCUUCAUCAGAUUAUUGUCGGAGACCAAUGGAAAAUUGAUCUGGAUGUGAAGGAGGUUCUUCGCUCUAUGGCGCGUGAGAGAAUAAAAACAAAAAAGCCUGCCACCAAAUCAAGUUCUACUGCCUCAGGAACAAAUGAAGAAGAUGAUGAGUUUGGUCAAAACAUAGAGUCAGAUGACUCCAUGGAUAAAGAACCAGAGACCACUUCUAUAACUUUGGACCUAGACCAAGUGCGAGCAGCAGAGAUGAUGUGUGCUAAUGCCGUGACAGUGAUCAGUGGAAAGGGGGGCUGUGGCAAGACUACCGUCGUCAGUAGCAUCUUUAAAGCUGCCAUGGAUCAACAGCAGAAUAACAGAAAGGAUAAUGACGGCAUCGGGGAGGAGGGUGAGGAGGAGGAGGAGGAGGAGGAUAACAAAAAGCCCUUGGAGGUUCUCCUUACUGCUCCCACAGGUAGAGCUGCAGCAUUACUGACAGCGAGAACCCGCUUUACAGCUUAUACCAUGCAUCAGGUCUUGUGGAGUUACAAGCUUACAAAGAAAAGUCCAAGUGGUGAGCCACUGAACUGGACGUUUGAAAAAGUUCGAGUGCUGGUGGUGGAUGAGGGCAGUCUGGUGUGUGUCCAGAUUCUUUCUUCUAUCCUGUCAAUGCUCACCAAACAUGCUCAGCUUCAAAAGUUCAUCAUUCUGGGGGAUAUAAGGCAGUUACCCAGCAUUGAACCAGGAAAUGUCCUCAAUGACCUCUUUACCAGUCUAAAGAAGGUGAACUGGGCCAUCGAAAUGCGUACCAACCACCGUGCUGAAUCAGAGCUCAUAGUCCAAAAUGCUGGAUUAAUAGCAGAUAUGGGUGUAACUAAAAGGUUUCGUUCUCUAAACUAUGAUGCUACUGUGGAAAUGGGCAAGAAUUUUACACUACCAUUACCUGAAAAGAGCUUUAUUGAGAUCCUUCUCCCAGAACGGCAAAAAGAUGAUGAUCUACAGACUUCCAUAAAAGAUUUGCUGAAAGGCCCAGCUGCAGGACUUAAGGAUGAUUCAUCUUCACAAUUUGUUGCCUUCAAGAGGACUGAAUGUGCUCUGAUUAAUGAGAUUUGCUGCAAGCAUUACUCAGGCCACAUCACUAAGAAUCAUAAAAACAAAAUGGACUUUCAGAUUGGUGAUAAAGUAUGUUGCACGAGGAAUGGCUACGUGAGAGAUCUAGACAAAGAAGAUGAUGAACCCAAAGACAAGAAGGAUGAUAAGAAUAAAAGCCCAGUUAAAAAAGAACGAUUGUGCAAUGGGGAGAUUUUCUUUAUUAAACAGGAUGUGACCAUAAAGGAAGACACUGCGAAGAAGGGCAAAAAAAUGAGACGUCUGACUCUGGAUAACAAUCACGGCAAGAUCCUUACUGUUGAUUACAGGGAACUAAUGAGAGAGUGUAAACUGCAGCAUGCCUGGGCUCGAACUAUUCACACUUUUCAGGGCUCAGAGGAAAAGACCAUCGUGUAUGUCCUUGACAGUGGCAUCCCUCAAACUUGGAAACAUGUUUAUACCGCGGUCACACGUGGUCAGAGCCGUGUGUAUGUCAUAACACAAAAAGAUGGGCUUGAGAACGCCAUCCGAAGAUACGUCAUCAAACGCAACACGCGACUAGAAGGCCUUGUUUCGGAAUUGAUCCACAACUUAGGAAUAGCAAAGAAUGAUUUUCUCAGUCAGCUGAGCCAGUCUCAAUUGAACACGCCAAAGCGAGGUUCUGGAUGUCAGCAUUUUAAAUCUGAGCAUGAGGCAUCAUCAAGCCCUGGUCCAUUCCAAACUUACUCUGGAUUUGGUGACCUCGGUUCGCCCAAGUCUGCAACUCCAAGUCCAUGUAAGCGAGAGAGAACCGUGGAUGACUGCACUACACCACCCAAGCAAAUGAAGGUGGAAACUCCUUUAGAGUGUUCCCAGCUACAGUCUCUCUCUCUUACCACCAUGUCUCCUAGACAGCUCUUCCCAAACGAUCCUCAGUCGAACCACAACCAGUGAUAGUAAGAGCAAGAAACAGCAGACUGAGCCUGCCAAACACCAAACUACAAACACCUGGUGGAGGGGAAUUGUGUGUACGUUGCUUUAUUUUAAGUGAUUCAACUUUAAACUAGAUAUCGAUCCAGCAAAGUACAGAUUGUGUAUUUUUAUAGAUUUCGGUUUGUUUACUUAUGGAGUUUCAUAAACAGCAACCUUUCAUAUUUAUGGUGACUUUAGUGCAUAGUAAUGAAUAUUUUAAAUGUUUUAGGGUCUGUAUUUCAGUUGUUUUCAUCCAAAUAUUAACUACUGCAUUACUAUGUGAAGUGAACAAAUCAUGGCAGAAGCUAGCAUACAGUAUAUAUACACAACUUGUUUUCAUAAAACUGCAUCAAGUGGGGAGACGAGAAUUUGGUUAUAAAUUUUUCUGGCCUAUAAGUAUUUCAAUUUCUGUAUUUUCUGCUUGUGCUCAUUGCAUGUGUCAAUCAAUGCUAGUGCACAUUAAACAUGAAUUAUUUCAUUAUGUCAUUAAUUCACACAGAAAGGCUAUGUUAAAUCUGUUUAAAAUUAGUUUAAGCAUUACCAUUAUUGUUUUUCGUGUGCACAACGUUCUUUAUUUUAU